AUGACGCACCAAUUGAGCACCAGUCACGAUGUAUUCGACUGUUACGAGGCAGAGAACGACCACAUUCGAUGCUACAACCGCGACAAGGGAGAUGAUAUUCUCAUUCCAUGUGGUGAUAUAGUAUGCCUUCUGCCGAGCAAUGGUGAUCCAGGGCAUGGGAAUCACAUCCUCUUAUUUCUCCAGAAGAAAUCCAACCACAACAAUGAUGGCGUCGAGUCCUCCACGUAUCUCCACAGUAUCCAGACAACAUCUGUUGCAACGGAAUUACUGUCCCGAUAUUUAUUCGAAGGGCUGCCUGGACAUUUUAAUUCUUCACAACGCCCUGAUUUGAAUGUACACAUUGUCAUAUCGACUCUUUCUGGUACAGGGCUGGCUGAAUCCUACUAUGACAAUAUUCUUCAGCCUUUGUUCUCAUACACCGGGCUGGUGGACUACAAAGUCCACAAAACCCGCUCAGAAACCUCCAUCGUUGACCUUUGCCAGUCAACAUUCAUUCCGUGCGCCGAAGCAGGGCGACCGCAAACCAUUAUCUUUCUUUCGGGGGAUGGUGGCAUCGUCGAUACCAUCGACACCUUUUACAAGGCAACAAACAAGUCCUUGACACUCCCUACAAUUGCCCUGAUUCCAAUGGGGACGGGAAAUGCCAUGGCAAGCUCGAUGGGCUUACUUGCAUACCCAGCAGCCGGGCUGAUAACCCUGCUGCGAGGGGCAUUAAAGCCAUUGCCUGCCUUUGCCGCUAUGUUCUCCACCGGUGCGCGGUAUGUCACGGAUGAAGGUCGUACCCGUGUGCCUAUUACCAUGCCGAGUUCUCAACCGCCAACGGUCUACGGAGGUGUCGUCGCAAGCUGGGGUAUGCACGCUUCAUUGGUUGCGGACAGCGAUACUGUCGAGUACCGCAAGUAUGGCGCGCAAAGGUUUAAGAUGGCCGCCAACGAAUUGCUCCACCCCUCAGAUGGCACGGAAACCCACAGAUAUGCCGGGACAAUCACCCUCUCUCGGAAAAAUAGCCAGACAGGAGAGGAAUACACUACGACUCUGGACAGCAAGGACCACAUGUAUGUUCUGGCCACCUUGGUUCCAAGACUCGAGAAAGACUUCUUAAUCUCUCCCGAGAGUCGUCCCCUAGAUGGCUGCCUGCGAUUGGUUCAUUUCGGCCCAACAUCACCCGAAAAUGCUAUGAAGAUGAUGGGCCUUGCUUACCAAGGGGGCCGACAUGUGCACGAGGAGGGCGUCUCUUAUAUCGAUAUUGAGAGACUUAGAAUCGAUUUCCACGAACCUGACGAGAGGUGGAGGCGGGUCUGUAUUGAUGGGAAGAUCGUCGCUGUCGAGAGGGACGGUUGCGUAGAGUUAGUUAAAGAGGUUGCAGAUGCCGAGUUAUCGUCGCAGACCGCAGACCAAGGGCAUCCUUCUCCAGGAAGUGAGAGCGAGUGGAGAUUUUAUUCACUGGCCGGGUGGCGUAUCUACUCUGCCAAUGCCAACCAGCCUGUUGAUAUGCCAUUGAUUCACCAGGCUGGUAGUGUCCGCGUGGGCGAGGUAGUCCGGUACACCUUCUCCUAUAACCCGGCGGCUGAUACGGAACAUCCUCCACCUUCAGAGCUGCAUGUCAAGAUCAAGAAUACGUCGGCGAUCCCGUUGCGAGCUGCAUAUCUCCACGGCCCAUAUACCCUUUAUGCUUCCUGCUAUCCGUCCACAUUCGAUCCAAAUGUUGGAAGUCCUGAUGACGAUACGAGCGGGACACCACAGUUUGAGCCGUAUCUCAAAGCAGGUGGAAGCUGGCGCGCAACCAUUCCGGUCCCGAAGAGACGCGGGCACACGGGAGAUGUAUACGAACCUGUUACAUGGCGUAUCGAGAUCAUAUCGCAAGUGAUCUUUUCAAGCACCGCCUCUGUCAAUUUUGAACUCCUGAUCGGUCGCGAUCAAAAGUCAGUGGAGACCGGUGGCUUCUCGAAUUCGGACUCUUCCCGAGCUGCUCGGUUACGGGAUCACUGGUUGUCAACGCCCGUUGGGGAACAAGUACUUGCGACUAAGGGGGUAUAUUCCAAGGCUGUCAAGUUACUGGUGGAUGAUACUGCUAGCCUCUGGAAUACGCCUCGGCUUCCAGCAUGCGAAGAGGAACGGGGCACGCCUGGCUCCCCUUCAAACGUUCCAGAGCAGUCAGAUACGGCUGACACAUCCACGCAUCCGCCACGCAGCAAGCCCAAGAAAAAAGUCCAUUUAGUGGUUUUAACCCACGGGCUCCAUAGCAAUCUCGGAGCAGAUAUGCUUUAUCUCAAAGAGAGCAUAGAUGCAUCGGUUCAGAAGGGUAAGCAGCGCAAAAAGGAGAUGCGCCGCAAGCGUACGCAAGAUGGCCAUGAUGACCCCACCGCACAUAGGACGGAAAGCGGUGAUGGGGCGUCUCUGUCACACGAUACUGAUGACGACGACGAGCAAGUCAUAGUCAGAGGCUUUUCUGGCAACGCUGUCCGUACCGAACGUGGGAUUCAAUAUCUCGGCAAGCGUCUUGCCAAGUACAUACUGUUCAUGACAUACCCAGACCAGCCAUAUCUCCCUCGCAAGAACUCGAAAUCGAAGCCUUGGUCUCAGCACCCUGCUCCAUCGGGAAAUCCAACCAAAGAACAGCCUUUUGGAGAACGUUUGAUCUCUGACACCCAUGGUGGUCUAAAGACCUCUAAUGAGCAUCCUUACCAGAUUACGAGUAUUAGCUUCAUCGGCCAUUCUCUCGGUGGACUUAUUCAAACAUAUGCUAUUGCGUAUAUCCAAAAGCACUCACCCGAAUUCUUCAACACAAUCAGGCCCGUCAAUUUCAUUGCUCUAGCGACACCAUUUCUUGGGCUAAGCAACGAAAACCCAAUGUACGUGAAAUUCGCUCUGGACCUAGGCCUUGUCGGUCGAACUGGCCAGGAUCUGGGACUCAGUUGGACAGCGCCCAGAGUGAGAAGCGGCUGGGAAGCCAUAAUUGGAGGCAAGGGUGAUCCUGUAAAAUCUCAAAAUUAUGCAGACGCCGGAUCCAAGCCUUUACUCAGGAUCUUGCCUUGCGGGCCUGCUCAUGAAGUUCUUGCCAAAUUUCAAAAUCGGACUAUCUAUUCCAACGUCGUCAAUGAUGGAAUAGUACCUCUGCGGACAUCAUGCUUACUAUUCCUCGACUGGAAAGGGCUCGAUCGAGUGGAAAAGGCAAGGAGAGACAACGGAAUUGUGGGCACGAUGGCCGAAUGGGGCUGGGCUGAGCUGACCGGCGCAAAUUCCAAAUCCCCAAGAUCGGCCCGGCCGCCUGCCGAGAGCAGGCUCGACAACGGAGGGCAUAUCAGUGACCGCAAUGCCCUCGCAGCAUAA